GGAGGAAGGAGACAUGUCUGACAGCUCAGGGAAUGUUACUUUCACUUCUCUUUUCCUUUAUUGGGUGGAGCCUUCUCAGGGAGAGUCAGUUCACAAGCUUCCUGCUCAGGACUCCAGCCUCCCUGCGCUCAGGAGGGAGACACCGGAGGGGUCAGAAUCCAGUCAGUUCCCGGGACAGAAUGAUGGCCAGUGGGAGCAGUGACCUCAGCACCAGGAUAUCUGCAGAAGACCAGAAUAUAGACGAGAGGUUUAUCUGUAAGACUGUACUUGAGCACUUCAAAAAAUGUAAGGUGGAGAUUUCAGAUGCAAUAAAAACAACAUUUCCUUUCCUUGAACUUCUCCGUGACCAUGGAUUUAUCUCCAAUAAAAUAUAUGAAGAUUGUGAAGAUUCUUCUAGAAACCAAGUCCCUGUACAGAGAGUGGUGUACAGUGUUCUCUGUGAACUAGAAAAGACAUUUGACCUGCCACUUUUGGAAGUAUUGUUCAGCAAUGUCAUCAGGAGGACCUAUCCUGGUUUAAACAAUGUCUAUGAGAGCUUCAGAAAUGUGAUCAAAGAGAAAAUUUUUCACCAAGCAAGUGACAGAGUUGAGAGUGUGGACGGCCGUAAUAUCCAGCUAAAGCUUGAACCAGGAACUGUUGAAAACUCCCUCUCCUGGAUGUACACAAACACCUGGAAUGACAAUGAUACAACCCCAUCUGAAAACGCACUCUCAGAGCACCUCUGUGAAACAGAGCAGAUGAACUCAAGGAUAAAAGACACAACCAGUGACAACAAUGAUGCACUAGAAAGUCAACAAGCAGGUGAACAACGUGCCCAAGACUCUGAGCCAGCAGAGAGAAGACAUGAAGACUCUUUACAGUCCAGUGUGAAGGAGAACCCAGGAGCCGGGAGCUCUAGCCUGAGAAGUGAUCCUGAUGAGAAGAAUACUAUGAAUCUUGGAAACAAUUCUACUUUGGGAAAAGCCAAGAGGAAAAGAGGAUUCAAAAAGCACACAGAUGGAAGUGUGAAUUUUCAUUGGGAAAUACUUCCUGUGACCUGUGGUGAAAUGAAGGGGAUGUUGCAUAAAAACAAAUUCAAACAAGGAAGUAUGGUGAAGUCCAUAAAGAGAGAGGACGGAAACUGGUUCACCCCCAGGGAAUUUGAAAUUGAAGGAGGCUACAAAAAAUCAAGUCACUGGAAGCUGAGUGUGCGCUGUAGUGGGAGACCAAUAAAAUGGCUGAUAGAGAAAGGAUUUCUACCUGACUUUCCAAGAACACACAGUGGGAAAAAAAAGCAGAAAAACUCAGCUGUGUGUGAGAUCUGCCAGAAAAGAGGAAAGCUGUCCUGCUGUGGUACUUGUGCGAGAUUCUUUCAUGAGAACUGUCACCUCCCACCUAUGGCAACUCAGAGCCUAGGGAGUUGCACCUUCUGCAGGAUGAAGAUGUCUACAAGAAGUCAGGAGUGUCACAUGGGAUCUGAGGUCCUGGCGAGGAAGAUGGGACCUGAGGAGCAGUUGAGAUGUGAGUUCCUCCUCUUGAAAGUCUAUUGCCGUUUAGGCGGCCCCAUGUUUAAGAAGAUUCCACGUGAUAUUUAUAAAAAGGAGAUUCCUCAAUGCGUAAAGGAACUUAAGAUGUUUAACAAAAUCAAGAAGAAACUAAAUGAGCGGAGUUACCACGAAGUGGGGUUGUUCAUGAUGGACAUGUAUCGUAUCUUUGAGAACCACAGGGCAUGUGUCAAGUGCAAUUACUUUGGCCUAAUGGGAAUUAGACUGGAGAAAGAAUUUGAGAAGAAUUUCAUGGAAGUGUUUGCCAUUCAGGAUACAAAUGGGAGAAGUUCACAGGUGUAAUGGAUGCUGUUGGUACCAUGAACAGUCCCCUUUUGGGGUGGACUUCUCCUCCCUCAGCCGCUAUGAGAGCGAGAGCACCGAAUCCUAACCACUACACCACCAGGGAGUCACUGCAGCCACUAUGAGGAUUGGCUGCCAGUGCCACCCCUCCCCAGAGUAUUGCACUGCACCAAAAUGAGCCUCCUUCACCUGGAGGGUACACUUGUUGACCUGGGGUACAGCCCCAGGCCCCAGGGUGGAACCAAUGAGCGAUGUGAUUCAUACUCCUGGGCUCUCUCUCCACUGGGAUCAGACUGGAGCUAGUCUCCACCUUGACCACAUCCUUGCUUAGCUUUCCCACCAUGCUAUCCUGCUUCCUUCACCCCUCACUUGCUGACAUAAUCAUAAUAAAUCACUUACUUAAGAGCUUC